AAUCUGUUUAAUUACAACAAAGUAAACAAGCAAAUUGAAUGAAACUGAAAACGAGUUAACAACUUAAUUGGUUGUUUUCAAAUUCUCAUUGAAAUUUGUUGAUAAUUAAGUAAUUAUUUCUUCCAAUUUCUCAUUAACAAACUCUAAUUCCUUACCUGUUCCUCUUCUUGUGUCCAUCAUCAUCACCUGAGAGCUUCAAGUGAAACAAAAGUGAACAUUUCAUGAGAUUUUGUGUGAAAACCCGCUACAUACCAAGGCCUUAAUUCUCAAGUAUUUUCUAGUGUUUUUUGUUUUGCUUUUCACUUUUUUAUCUCCGCUUGUGAGUCGAUUGGAAUUUUGUUUUUCUCUUUUGUCUCUUCAAACCAAAAGUCAACAGAAUUGUAAACCUCUUGAACCAUGAAUUCGUUCCUAAGUAAAUUAAACCCACGAAGUGGAAAGAAAAAAGGAUCAACCUCGCCAAUAUCAAGCUCUGGACGUGCUUCUGAUAUCGGUCAGCCUUUUGAAGUCAAACAUCAUAUUCAUUGUAAUGUGAAUCAACAAACUGGUCAAAUUGAAGGUUUACCUUUGGCUUGGGUCAAACUACUGGAGGCGAGUAACAUAACCAACAGUGAGCAACAUGAGAAUCCUAAAGUUGUCAUCGAUGUGCUCAAGUACUACACCCAUUCAAUUAAGAAGAAGGCGAACCAGGGAAAGUACAUCGCCACCCAAGAGACUAUUGAUGAAGAUAUAAGGGAGAUUGAGAGAGAAGACAGAGAAUGGGGACCAACUAAAGAAUAUCAUGGAUCAUUCAAAUCGAGCCAAGAAGAUUUGAUUCAGGAGAAUGAGAAUGAGAAUGAAAGUGAGAAAGUUGAGACCACCAAUGAACUGAACAAACAAGAGGUUUCAUAUCCCGAUAUUGUGGUUAAUCACGUUGACGACGAGAGUACAAAUCUGGUUAAAAAGGACAAUCAACAGAUAAUAAAUGACAUAACCAAAGAUUUGGAUAAAGUUAUAGUUCAAGCUGAAGGACUUUUAUCCAAUUUUGAAGCGAAACGGAAAGAAGCUGAGAAAGAGAGAGAUGCCAAAUUAGAUGCAAGUGAGAACGAUAAACUUGUACAGCAUCAACAACAAGGUCACCAUCAUCCUAAUCAAAUUAAUCAACACAAUCAUCAGCCACAACCAAUUCAAAAGCCUCCAGUGCCUCAAUUGAGGAGGAAACGAGGACCAAAAGUUGAGAUGACAGAUGAAGAGGUGAUGCAAGCUCUUCACGCGAUUGUUAAUCCUAAUGAUCCUAAAGAAAGGUAUCAAUUACUCAAGAAAAUUGGAUUUGGUGCAUCGGGAACAGUUUAUACGGCCAACGACAGAGAUACAAAUACUAAAGUUGCAAUAAAAACCAUGGAUUUGACGAAGCAAUCGAAGAAGGAGCUUAUCAUCACCGAGAUCAAAGUUAUGAGUGAGAAUACACAUCCCAAUUUAGUGAAUUACUUGGAUAGUUAUCUAGUUGGUAAUGAUCUUUGGGUGGUUAUGGAUUAUCUUGAAGGUGGAGCCUUAACUGAUGUUGUAACCGAGACCGAAAUGUCAGAAGGCCAAAUGGCCGCGAUUUGUCGUGAAACUCUUCAAGCCGUCGCUUUUCUUCAUUCCAAGGGGAUUAUCCAUAGAGACAUUAAAAGUGAUAAUGUUCUUCUUGGAAUGGAUGGAUCAAUCAAAGUGACAGAUUUCGGUUUUUGUGCUCAAGUUUCACCCGACGAGAAACGUCAAACUAUGGUCGGUACUCCUUAUUGGAUGGCCCCUGAAGUCGUGAAUCGCAAACAAUAUGGGAAGAAGAUCGAUAUCUGGAGUUUAGGAAUAAUGGUCAUCGAAAUGGUCGAAGGGGAACCUCCUUAUAUCAAUGAGAAUCCAAUUCGUGCUCUUUAUCUGAUUGCUGUUCAUGGAAAACCUGAGAUUAGGAAUAAAGAGAAAUUGUCUCCACAAUUACAAGACUUUUUAGACCGUUGUCUAGAAGUGGAUAUGGAUAAACGAGCUUCCGCUUUGGAACUGUUGAAACAUCCUUUUCUGGAUAAAGCAGACAACUUGAAAACUUUAGUUCCAUUGAUCAAAGCGGCGAAAAAGGUUCUUAAAAAGUGAAAGUAUCAAAACAUACACGAUAUUUGAUAAAGAAAACCAUUUGGAAGGAGAAACAAUGAUAAUCAACACGAUUAACUUAAUGUGUAAAUGCCAACUUCUAAUUAACUAACUCAAACCAGCGAAAUUCACAUCAAGUUGAUACUCUUCAGAUUGGUGAUCAUCUAAAUUAAGAGGAUUGUCACCGGUGCUGUUUUUGUUACUAAAAAUAAUUACAUGAUGAUUAUGAUGCUCAAAUGUUUAGCUAAAUGCUGAAAGUAAAUCGCCCAAAGAUGGAUCCAUCUAAAAGCAGCCAUUUUGCUGGGAUAAGACCGCAAUUAUAAGUUGAUCCUUUUAUCUUGGUCUUUACCUUCAAAUUGAAACAAAACGGAAUCAAACUAACAAAUGACUUAUUUUAUUCAAAAUCUUAAUUGUGUUAAUUAUUCUUGAUACAGACUAUAAAAGGGAUCGCUCAAUGAGAAUCGACAGUUUCAUCUUCAAAGUGCCCUGCAUUUUUUACUUUAUCAAAACGUUUUAUUAUAAAUAUUUACUUGUAAAUCGAAAAGAUCAUUAGAUUCUGUAAGAUACAAUUUCUUCACUUUCUUCUGUCCAAUUCUAAUAUUUUAUUUUCCAUUCUCUUCAAUAGUUUCGUUGAGUGUUUUUAUGAACAAGAAAAAAGGAAAACUUGAAAUACUAUCAAAUAGUUGAGUCUUGAAAAAUUUUCUAUCUCCACUUUGCAAUUCAUUAUAUUGAGAAAAACUAUAAUUACAUCAUAUCAACAAUUGGUCAACUUUUUGUUAAUUUGAAUUUAUCACAAUUGAUGGAAAAUUAAAGCAAAAUUUAUCAAAAUAAGUUUGACUGCAACGUGUAAAUGGUUAAUUGUUAGAAUAAAGUUAAUGAGAACGUAUUUAGAAUAAAAUUUGAGGAUAAACUGAAAA